UAUUGUUCAGUGCAGGCAACUCUUUUGUUUAUUUUCUAUCUGUCUACAGACAUGGAUUUCUUCUCUUUUUUGCUAAGUAUUUUUGUUUUUACAGCUGUACUUAAGGAACCUACCACAAAUUCUGGGAAUUUCACAACCGUCGUUCCUGGAUAUGAGCAGCCUGAUCGUCAAUUUGAUAAUGUUGCAGUCUUCAGUCAAGUAUCGAAAGCAUCACUGACUGUAGAUAAUUCCGCAGUAUCUGCUGACAUGGGGGACUUCACUGGACAGUAUGAUGAACUUCAUUUGACCAAGGAGACUACUGUUAUUCAGACCACAAACACACUGAGAUCUGAUGUGGAAACUGUGGAGCAUAUCCAAAUGCAUACCACAGAAACAUUUGUUGCUGGAAUGGGACACCUCAAAAAAGGCUUCUAA